AUGGUCCUGGCCAUCUCGUUAGUCUCCUUGACCUACAUCUGGAUCACACUGGCGCCAAAUGCUUCUGCUGUUUCUGGCAUCAAGCAGCCCCACCAACAAUGUUCGAUGAAGCGAACACGCAAACAAGGAACUAGAAUGAGGAAGGAUGACAGCACCAAGGUGUGGCCCCUGAAACAUGAGCAGCUUCUCCACAUAGAAGACCAUGACUUUGCCAUGAGACCGGGAUUUGGAGGGUCCCCAGUACCAGUGGGAAUCGAUGUCCAGGUGGAAAGCAUUGACAGCAUUUCAGAGGUCGACAUGGACUUUACAAUGACUUUUUAUCUCAGGCACUACUGGAAAGAUGAGAGGCUCUCCUUCCCCAGCACAACCAAUAAAAGCAUGACCUUUGACCACAGACUGAUCCAGAAGAUCUGGGUGCCGGAUAUCUUUUUUGUCCAUUCUAAAAGAUCCUUCAUCCAUGACACCACUGUAGAGAACAUCAUGCUGCGAGUACAACCUGAUGGAAACGUCCUCUUCAGUCUCAGGAUAACGGUUUCAGCCAUGUGUUUGAUGGAUUUCAGCAGAUUUCCCCUUGACACACAGAAAUGUUCUCUUGAACUGGAAAGCUAUGCCUACAAUGAGGAAGACCUAAUGCUGUACUGGAAACAUGGGAACAAGUCCUUAAUCACCGAGGACUACAUCUCCCUUUCCCAGUUCUUCAUUGAGGAGUUCAGUGCUUCCAGUGGACUGGCUUUCUAUAGCAGCACAGGCUGGUACUACAGGCUUUCCAUCCACUUUGUGCUCGAGAGACAGACUCUCUUCUUUGUGCUGCAAACCUAUUUUCCAGCCAUGCUAAUGGUGAUGCUCUCAUGGGUCUCAUUCUGGAUUGACCGAAGAGCUGUUCCGGCAAGAGUAUCCCUGGGAAUCACUACGGUGCUCACCAUGUCCACGAUCGUCACAGGCGUGAGUGCCUCCAUGCCCCAGGUGUCCUAUGUCAAGGCCGUGGACGUGUACUUGUGGGUCAGCUCCGUCUUUGUGUUUCUGUCAGUCAUUGAGUACGCAGCCGUGAACUACCUCACCACUCUGGGAGAGCAGGAGCAAUUCAAGAGAGGGAAGAUUUCUGGAAUGUACAAUAUAGAUGCGGUUCAAGCCAUGGCCUUCGAUGGUUGUUACCAUGACAGUGAGAUGGACAUAGACCAGACUUCUCUUUCUAUACACUCAGAAGAGGACUCUACAAGAGGAAGAUCUGCAGGCAGCCCCAGUAUGGAUUCAUCCCAGAUAAAGAGAAGAAAAUCCUUGGGAGCAAAUAUUGGUAGAGUCAUCCUGAAAAACAACCAUGCCAUUGAUACCUAUUCUAGAAUUUUAUUUCCCAUCAUGUAUAUAAUAUUCAAUUUGUUUUACUGGGGUGCAUAUUUAUGA